CUURGUAGUAAGCUGACGCCUUCCCUUUUCCAUCGAGACAGAGCAGCCUCCUCCUGUAGAAAAUUAUUCUUGGCUGAAUACGAAUGACUUCUUCCCCACCCGAUCCUCGUCAAAGCGAAAGGAGCCGACAGCUUCCCGAGACAGGACGGCUCGCGGUCGGACACGCAAAAAGGAAACCGGGAGCCCCCUCCGUCAGCGACGCAUACCUGUCCGUGUGGCAUGUGACAGCUCGCGGGCGCCUUGCCGCGUGAAGAGGGGAUAAAGGACAGCGGCUCCGCAGACAGGACUCGACCUUUCCGCGUAGACCGACGGAGUAAUGAACUCCUCCGGUGAUACCCGUUCUCCCGCCACAAAGGAGAUGGAGUGGCUGUGCGGAGCAAAGCUCCACUUCUGGGAACCCAACCAGACGUUCCACGCGGACCUGCCCGACCUCUCCGAGUGUUUCCAGCUGUCCGUCCUGGCAUGGCUGCCCUGCGUCUUCCUGUGGGUAGCCUCUCCGGCCUACAUCUACUACCUGAAGAAGAGCAGCCGAGGGUACAUCAUGAUGUCGCUGCUGAACAGGUUCAAAACAGCGUUCGGCUUGUUGCUCUGGAUCGUGUGCUGGGCCGACCUCUUCUACACAUUUUACGAGCUGCAGGAGGGUCAGUCCCCACCCCCCAUCUAUUUCAUCACCCCGCUGGUGCUCGGCAUCACCAUGCUGCUGGCCACGUUYCUGAUCCAGUACGAGAGGUUACACGGGGUCCAGUCCUCGGGGGUCCUCUUCAUCUUCUGGUUCCUGUCCGUACUGUGCGCCAUCGUGCCUUUCCGCUCCAAGAUCCUGAAGGCCUCCAGCCAAGCCGGCGUUUCGGACAAGCUGCGCUUCACCUCCUUCUACUUCUACUUCGGUCUGAUCCUCCUAGAGCUCAUCCUCUGCUGCUUGAAUGAGAAACCUCCUCUCUUCUCCAAUGUGGUCACUGACCCUAAUCCGUGCCCUGAAACUACAGCAGGCUUUCUGUCCACCGUGACCUUCUGGUGGUUCACAAGUUUGGCCAUCAAAGGUUACAAAAUGCCCCUUGAAGCCAAAGACUUGUGGUCGCUGAACCAGCGCGACAGCUCCAAGACGAUGGUGCCGAAACUCCUGAAGGAGUGGGAGAAGGAGCAAACCAAGGUCAAGAGCAGUGAACAGAAUCUGACCACCAAGGCGACGUACGCCAAGCAGCAACCAUCAGCCACAAACCACGUCUCAGGAGGAGCCGCGGGGGGCAAAACCAGCCCGGAGGAAGUGGAGGUGCUGCUGUCCAAUCAGGAAGCGGCUCCCCACCAUCUUGCCGUAUGUACAUCCACAAUAAAAACAAUGCCGUUUUGUCAUCCUCAGGUGGAGCAGAUGCAGCACAAGGACGCUCGUAUCAAGCUGAUGAAUGAGAUCCUUAAUGGCAUCAAAGUCCUCAAGCUGUACGCCUGGGAGAACUCCUUCAAAGAAAAGGUCCUGGCUAUYCGGCAGAAGGAGCUCAUCGUCCUCAGAAAAACAGCCUACCUGGGAGCACUCUCCACCAUGGCCUGGACCAGUGCCCCUUUCCUUGUUGCCUUGACGACGUUUGCCGUGUUCGUCACUGUGGAUGAGAAGAACGUUCUGGACGCAGAGAAGGCCUUUGUGUCGCUCUCCCUUUUCAACAUCCUUCGAUUUCCUCUGAACAUGCUCCCCCAAGUGAUCAGCAGUCUCGUACAGGCGAGCGUGUCRCUGAAGCGCAUCCAAAAUUUCCUGAGUCAUGAUGAGUUGGACCCAGACUCCGUGGACAGAAAGACCAGCUCAGAGCUCGCCGUCUCUGUAGUCAACGGGAAAUUCACGUGGGCCAAAGAAGAUGAACCUGUUCUGGACAACAUCAACGUGAUGGUGCCCCAGGGCUCCCUGGUAGCAGUGGUGGGUCACGUUGGCUGCGGGAAGUCCUCGCUGAUCUCUGCGCUGCUGGGCGACAUGGAGAAAGUGGAAGGCGAAGUUUCUGUUCGGGGGUCGGUGGCUUACGUUCCCCAGCAGGCGUGGAUACAAAAUGCCACCCUGCGGGACAACAUCCUGUUUGGGAAGAGCUUCAACGAGUCCAAAUACCGCCGUGUUCUGGACGCCUGCGCCUUGACGCCAGAUCUGGAAGUGCUGCCCGGAGGAGACAUGACAGAGAUCGGAGAAAAGGGCAUCAACCUCUCYGGCGGUCAGAGGCAGAGGGUCAGCCUGGCUCGAGCUCUGUACAGCGACGCCGAGGUCUACCUCCUGGACGACCCGCUGUCCGCCGUGGACGCCCACGUGUCCAAGCACAUCUUUGACAAUCUCAUCGGCCCUGAGGGCGUGCUGAAAGGCAAGACUCGCGUCCUGGUGACRCACGGCAUCAGCUACCUGCCGCAGGUKGACAACAUUGUGGUGAUGGUGGAGGGCCGGGUGUCGGAGAUGGGCUCUUACCAGGAGCUGCUUAAGCAGAACGGGGCCUUCGCGGAGUUCCUCAGGAACUACGCUCUGGAAGACAUCGUGGAGGAGGACGAGGCCACCGAGGAGUUAAUAGACGACGAGUUGUUCCCCGACGACGUCCUUAGCAACCACCACACGGACAUGGUGGACAACGAACCUACGGUUAAUGAGGCAAAGAAAAGUUUUAUGAGACAGAUCAGCAUCCUGUCAGGAGACAGCGAGAACUUCCGGUGCCGCUCAGUCAGGAGACAGAGCCAGAAGAAGCACCAAGAGGCUCAGGAGAAGAAGAAACCCCAGGAGGUCCAGAAACUCAUCCAGGCGGAGACGACAGAAACGGGCCGGGUAAAAACCAAAGUGUUCCUGGAGUAUGCGAAGGCAGUGGGACUAGUGCUGUCGGUGAUCAUUUGCUUGCUCUACGGCUGCCAGAGCGCCGCCGCCAUCGGCGCCAACAUCUGGCUCAGCCAGUGGACCAGUGACUCRUUGACGAAUCAGACCAAGGAAAACGUUAACAUGAGGGUGGGGGUGUACGCAGCGCUGGGCAUUACACAAGGUAUCCUGGUCAUGAUCUCUUCCUUCACUCUAGCCAUGGGGAACAUCGGCGCAGCCAAGAAGCUGCACGCUAACCUGCUCGACAACAAACUUCACACACCCCAGUCUUUCUUUGACACCACUCCCAUAGGACGCAUCAUCAACCGCUUCUCCAAGGACAUCUAUGUGAUCGACGAGGCGCUGCCGUCCACCGUGCUCAUGUUCCUCGGGACCUUCUUCGUUUCCCUCUCCACCAUGAUUGUUAUCAUUAGCAGCACGCCCAUUUUCGCCGUCGUCAUUGCCCCCCUGGCUUUCAUUUACGUCUUUGUCCAGAGAUUUUACGUUGCCACGUCGCGGCAGCUUAAGCGCCUGGAGUCGGUCAGCCGCUCUCCCAUAUACUCCCAUUUCUCUGAGACCGUCACCGGCUCYAGCGUAAUMCGAGCCUACGGCAGACACACUGCCUUUGUCCUGAUGAGCGAUAUGAAGGUGGACGAGAACCAAAAGAGUUACUACCCUGGUAUCGUGUCCAACAGGUGGCUGGGAGUUCGUAUCGAGUUCAUCGGGAACUGCAUCGUGUUGUUUGCCGCUCUCUUCGCUGUGUUGGGAAAAGCAACCCUGAGCCCGGGCCUCGUGGGUCUGUCCGUGUCGUACGCACUCCAGGUGACCAUGUCUCUGAACUGGAUGGUGCGGAUGACUUCCGACCUGGAGAACAACAUAGUAGCGGUGGAGAGAGUGAAGGAAUACUCCGAAACCAAGACCGAGGCCCCGUGGGAGGUGGAGGAGAAGAAGCCCCCUGCGGAGUGGCCCACGCAGGGCAACGUGGAGUUCAACGAGUACAGCGUUCGGUACCGCGAGGGUCUGGACCUCGUCCUGAGGAACAUCACGCUCAGCGUCAAGGGAGGAGAGAAGCUAGCUAGCGAGGGUGUAUUAGUGGUUAGCAAAGUCCUGAUUGAACAGCCACAGACGGUCAGUAACUUUUGUUCUCUCUCUCGUUGCAGAGUGCUGGUGUUGGACAAGGGACAGAUAGCAGAGUUUGACACGCCCACAAACCUCAUAUCAAAGAGAGGAAUCUUCUACGGCAUGGCUAAAGACGCAGGACUGGCACAGUAGAGGAUCAGCUCAGUUCAUCGCAGCCUGACUCUGGGCUUUAAACGUGGCAGCCGAGCUGUUCAUCACUUCGUUCUUACAUUGACUUGCUAUAUGACAUGAUUGUGUUUUAUGUUUUUCUUUAGGAGCACUUUCUGCUCGUUUUGAAUGAAGCCUGAACUCAUUUUUGCAGGCUUGGGUCAAAUUGCACUUGGGGGCGGGGAGUUCUAGUUCUCAUCAGAAGACACAUUUUUCUUUUCUUUUUUCUUUUCUUUUUCGGAAUGGUUGUUAACACCUGCAGCCACUCUUCCAGCUGUCCUUCUGUCUCAUAAACAGGAAAAAAAAAAAAGCCAUACAUGCAAACGCUGCUUGACCCAAGCCUGCUCCUUCGUGCCUUCUGCCAGUGUGAUAAGCCAGUGAAUGUAUCAUAUUUAAACUUGGCUCAUUGCUGCAAAACAGCUAACAAGGAGGAACUUUUAUUUUACUAUUCAAAGAAGAAGACUGUGCCACUGUACCGUCCUCACGAGACAAAAAAAAAAAAGAAAGACUACACUUUUGUGAUAAAAACCCAUGUUAUUUUUGUACUGUACCUUUAUUUAAACUACUUAUGAGAGAUUUGUAUCAUCUAGGGAUGCUUCAGUUAUAUGUGUGAUUCUUCUGUGAACCAAAUCUAUAAAAACUUGAAUUGUAUACCACCAAAAUAUGAAAAUAAAUAAUAAUGAUAUGCCUUUAUUAAAAACAAAGCAAAAGAAAAAAAACAA